ACCAAGAAGAAGAAGAAGAAGAAAUAAACACAAUGGUUUCAAAGGCAAAGAAAACAACAAUUAAAUCGCUAAAGGACCUCCGCGGAAGCCGCCGUAGCUGGCGGAAGAAAUCGCCGUUGAGAAAAGCAGUCUCCGCCUCCACAGCCAUCCUCGCCUCCAUCCACCGCCGCAUUUCCAGGCUACUCACCAAACUCACCCCAAACCACAAGAUCAAAGACAACAACAAGAACGUUCCGUACAAACUCCUCAAGAAGACCAAAACAGCACCGGCGCCCAACGAUUUGGACUUCCAAGUUUCCGAGGAUCCCUUCGCAUCCGUUCGUAAAACCUUAUCCUUCCAAGACGUCGAUAGCACCAAGAUUUGCCACCUUCCGCCGCAGCCGUCCCACCGGAGAAGGAAGACGGUGUUCCUCGACUUGGACGAGACUCUGGUCCACUCCAAGCCCUCGCCGGCGCCGGAGCAUUACGACUUCGUCGUGAGGCCGGUGAUCGACGGCGCGGAGAUUGAGUUCUACGUCCUUAAGCGUCCCGGCUUGGAGGAGUUCCUGUCGGCGCUGGCGGCGAAGUUCGAGGUGGUGAUUUUCACGGCGGCGCUGCGGGAGUACGCGGAGCUGGUGCUUGACAGGCUUGAUAAGGACAACCGGUACCUGUCGCACAGGCUUUACCGGGACUCGUGCCGGCCGGUAGACGGGAGGUUGGUGAAGGAUCUGUCGGAAACGGGUCGGGAGUUGGAUCGGGUGGUGAUAGUAGACGAUAACCCGAACUCAUUCUCGAAACAACCCGAAAAUGCGAUCAUGAUAAAGCCUUUUAUUGAUAAUCUUUGGGACACUGAGCUUUGGAAGCUUAGAAAGUUCUUUGAUGCUUGCGAUUGCUUUGAUGAUACGAGAGAAGCUAUCAGUCACUACUAUCCCAUCAAAUUGCACCAUCAUUAGCAACUCCCCUUUUCUUUUUCUUUGCUUGGUUUAAGUGUCAGUUGAACAAUGAUUUGUUCAAUGUGAUUCCUGAUUAGUGAGGUGAAAGUGAAAAUAGGUAUUGCACUAUUGCCAAAGUGUUGUAUUACCAUCUUAUAUUUUUUCAUUGUUAUG